AUGGAGAGAUUAUCUGUUAUGCUAUGCUUCUUUAUUGUGAUGACAUGCUGCUUUGUUUCUGCAACCUGCUACGUUUCAUGUCUCCCCCAUGAAAGAGAUGCACUUCUUGCUUUCAAGAGUGAGUAUUAUAUGGAUUCAGCUGCAGCCAAACAAUUGGGGUCAUGGAGGGGAUUUAAUUGCUGUGACUGGCAUGGAGUUCAAUGCAGUCAAUACUCUUCCCAUGUCAUCCUACUGCGCUUCUCCAAGAAUUAUUUUCAUCCCUUCAAAAUGCUUCAUCCAGCUUUUUUCCAAUUAAAGUAUAUGAAGCAUUUGGACCUAAGCUGCAAUUAUUUCACUGGUGUUCUACCGAGAGGGCUUUUUAGUCUCCAAAAACUGAGAUAUUUGGAUCUCAAGCAAAACAGAUUUGAAGGUGAAAUUCCGGUGGAAGUUGGUUCUUUGUUCAACUUGACUUAUCUCAACUUAGGCAUGAACAGUUUUCAAGGUAGAGUUCCAUGGCAGUUUGGUAAUCUCUCUCACUUGGAAUUUUUAGAUGUUUCUAAAUUGAAAAAACAUCCUCAAUUGGGAACUCUUUAUGGAGUGGAAGGUAUGAAUUUGCAUGGUUCAAGUGUAAGGUGGAUAGAAAAUCUACGGAAGUUGAAAACUUUGUCUCUUGGAGGCAUAGUGUUGAAUGUCACAAGUAGGGAAUUGGAAGCAGCCCUUUCGCAUCUCCAUCAUCUCCAACGCUUGGAACUUUUAGUUUGCCAACUGUCAGGGCACAUUCCCAAUGCUAUCCAAAACCUCACCUCCUUGUCCAGUCUUAUUUUAGAUUCUAAUGAAUUUAGUUCCAUAGUGCCUUCAUGGUUGGGAAGUAUGCCUCAUUUGCAAGAGUUAAGUUUGUCUGAAAAUCCAUCAUUAAGUGGAGAUAUAGCCCAUAUAUUAUGGAGUGAAUGGCCACAAUUGACCAAGUUUGAUUUGUCAGGAACUAAUGUAACAGGAAGCAUUCCACCUUGUAUUGGAAAUAUUUCCUUGCUUGCUCAUCCAUCUUGA